GCCUUAUGCGGGGCAGGGCGGGCGGGCAGUGAGGAGGCGGCGGAGGCCGGCCCGCUGUCCAGGCACUAUGCAGAAGUGCGUGCGCUACAACGAGGGGCACGCCCUGUACCUGGCCCUGCUGGCCCGCAAGGAGGGCACCAAGCGUGGCUACCUGAGCAAGAAGACGGCGGACACCAGCCGCUGGCACGAGAAGUGGUUCGCGCUCUACCAGAACGUGCUCUUCUACUUCGAGAGCGAGCAGAGCGCCCGGCCCGCCGGCAUGUACAUGCUGGAGGGCUGCAGCUGCGAGCGGGCGCCGGCCCCCAAGGGCGCCUCCGCCGGCAGCGCCAAGGACACCGCGCUAGACAAGCAGUACUUCUUUACUGUUGUCUUUGGCCAUGAAGGGCAGAAGCCACUGGAGCUCCGUUGUGAGGAAGAAAGUGAAGGAGAUGAAUGGGUAGAAGCUAUCCACCAAGCUAGUUACUCAGACAUUCUGAUUGAGAGAGAGGUCUUAAUGCAGAAGUACAUUCAUCUAGUUCAAAUUGUAGAGACAGAAAAGAUUGCAGCCAAUCAGCUUCGACAUCAACUUGAAGAUCAAGACACGGAAAUUGAAAGACUAAAAUCUGAGAUUGUAGCUCUCAAUAAAACUAAGGAACGAAUGCGACCUUAUCAAGGCAACCAGGAAGAUGAGGAUCCAGAUAUAAAAAAAAUUAAAAAGGUUCAGAGCUUUAUGCGAGGCUGGUUGUGCAGAAGAAAAUGGAAGACAAUUGUCCAAGAUUAUAUUUGUUCUCCACAUGCAGAAAGCAUGAGAAAGAGAAACCAAAUAGUUUUUAACAUGGUCGAGGCUGAAUCUGAAUAUGUGCAUCAUCUUUACGUUCUUGUAAACUGUUUUCUCAGGCCUUUAAGAAUGGCUGCAAGUUCAAAGAAACCACCUAUUAGUCAUGAUGAUGUUAGUAGCAUUUUCCUCAACAGUGAAACUAUAAUGUUUCUUCAUGAAAUAUUUCAUCAAGGAUUAAAAGCAAGAAUAGCUAAUUGGCCUACUUUAAUUUUAGCUGACUUAUUUGAUAUUUUGCUGCCAAUGCUGAACAUUUAUCAAGAAUUUGUUCGGAAUCAUCAGUACAGUCUACAAGUACUGGCAAACUGUAAGCAAAACAGAGAUUUUGACAAACUCUUGAAGCAAUAUGAAGCUAACCCAGCAUGUGAGGGGAGAAUGCUGGAAACAUUCCUUACUUACCCUAUGUUUCAGAUUCCUAGAUAUAUUAUAACUCUUCAUGAACUUCUGGCUCACACACCCCAUGAACACGUGGAAAGAAAGAGCCUUGAAUUUGCUAAAUCUAAACUAGAAGAACUUUCAAGGGUGAUGCAUGAUGAAGUGAGUGACACAGAAAAUAUCCGGAAAAAUUUAGCCAUAGAAAGAAUGAUAGUAGAAGGUUGUGAUAUAUUACUAGAUACCAGCCAAACUUUUAUACGUCAAGGUUCUCUUAUUCAAGUCCCUUCAGUUGAGAGGGGGAAACUUAGUAAAGUUCGCCUGGGAUCAUUGUCUUUGAAAAAAGAAGGAGAAAGACAAUGCUUCUUAUUUACAAAACACUUUUUAAUUUGUACAAGAAGUUCAGGAGGAAAACUGCAUCUGCUUAAGACAGGGGGUGUUCUCUCUUUAAUAGAGUGCACGCUGAUUGAGGAGCCAGAUGUGAGUGAUGAUGAUUCAAAAGGUUCUGGGCAAGUGUUUGGUCACCUUGAUUUCAAGAUUGUGGUUGAACCUACUGAUGCUCCUCCUUAUACUGUGGUACUGUUAGCUCCUUCGCGACAGGAAAAAGCUGCGUGGACAAGUGAUAUAAGUCAGUGUGUUGACAAUAUAAGAUGCAAUGGUUUAAUGACUAUAGUGUUUGAAGAAAACUCUAAAGUCACUGUGCCACAUAUGAUCAAAUCUGAUGCUCGUCUUCAUAGAGAUGACAUUGAUAUCUGCUUCAGCAAAACAUUAAAUUCCUGCAAAGUGCCCCAAAUUCGUUAUGCAAGUGUGGAACGCCUCUUGGAGAGAUUAACAGACUUGCGCUUUCUUAGUAUUGAUUUUCUUAAUACUUUUCUGCAUACUUACCGCAUAUUUACUACUGCAGCUGUUGUACUGGAGAAACUCUCAGAUAUAUACAAAAGGCCUUUCACUUCCAUUCCAGUCAGGUCUUUGGAAUUGUUUUUUGCUACCAGUCAAAACAACAGAGGAGAACACCUGGCUGAUGGGAAGUCACCACAUCUUUGUCGCAAAUUCUCAUCUCCUCCCCCACUGUCACUCUCUAGAACUUCCUCACCUGUCAAAACCAGAAAACUCUCAUUGACUAAUUCACCACUGAACUCAAGAAUAGGGGCUUUAGAUCUCUCUGCUUCCUCCGUUGCCAGCAGUCCUACCUCAACUUACAGCCCAGCCACAUCCCCACCACCCACUGCUAGAAAAGUACCACUGGACCUCAGCAAGGGCCCCUCCUCCCCCGAACAAAGUCCUGGAUCCAUAGAAGAGAAUUUAGAGAAUCCUCGCAUUGAUCUGUGUAACAAGCUAAGAAGAAGCAUUAGAAGAGCAGCAGUUCUAGAAUCUGUGUCAGUGGACAGGACAAUUCCUGAAAGCACCUCGACUGUUGAGGCACCUGAGCUUUCCCCAUGUCGAUCCCCCUCAACUCCACGACAUCUCCGCUACCGUCAGCCAGGAGUACAGACUGCUGACAACAGCCACUGUUCUGUUUCUCCUGCUUCUGCAUUUGCUAUUGCUACAGCUGCAGCAGGGCAUGGAAGUCCACCAGGAUUUAACAACUCUGAACGAAUGUGUGACAAAGAGUUCAUAAUAUGCAGAGCAGCCACUAAUCGUGUCCUGAAUGUCCUGCGGCACUGGGUCUCCAAACAUUCUCAGGAUUUUGAACUAAACAACGAGAUGAAAAUGAAUGUUCUAAAUUUGCUGGAAGAAGUUUUGAGAGAUCCAGACCUUCUGCCACAAGAAAGAAAAGCCACAGCAAACAUACUGAGGGCUCUUUCUCAGGAUGAUCAAGAUGAUACCCACUUAAAAAUAGAGGAUAUAAUUCAAAUGUCAGAAUGUCCAAAACCAGAGUGCUUUGAAACUUUGUCAGCCAUGGAGCUUGCAGAGCAAAUAACUCUCUUAGAUCACAUAGUUUUCAGAAGCAUACCCUAUGAAGAAUUUCUUGGGCAAGGCUGGAUGAAAUUGGAUAAAAUUGAAAGAACUCCAUACAUUAUGAAAACCAGCCAACAUUUUAAUGAUAUGAGUAACCUUGUUGCCUCGCAAAUUAUGAACUAUGCUGAUGUCGGUUCCCGUGCUAACUCAAUUGAGAAGUGGGUUGCAGUGGCGGAUAUUUGUCGCUGUAUGCACAACUACAAUGGUGUUUUAGAAAUUACAUCAGCCUUCAACAGAAGUGCAAUCUACAGACUGAAGAAAACCUGGGCUAAAGUUUCUAAACAGACAAAAGCUCUCAUGGACAAACUUCAGAAGACUGUGUCAUCUGAGGGAAGAUUUAAAAACCUUAGAGAAACACUCAAAAAUUGUAAUCCCCCUGCAGUUCCCUAUCUUGGAAUGUACUUGACAGAUCUAGCAUUUAUUGAAGAAGGAACACCAAACUUCACUGAGGAAGGCCUGGUCAAUUUUUCCAAAAUGAGAAUGAUAUCUCAUAUUAUCAGAGAGAUACGCCAGUUCCAGCAGACCUCCUAUCGGAUAGAACAUCAGCAAAAGGUCACUCAUUACUUACUCAACAAGACCCUCAUCACAGAUGAGGAUACUCUGUAUGAGUUAUCCCUAAAGAUUGAACCCAGACUCCCUGCCUGAAGAAUGAGCUUCAUCCCAGAGUUGACAGAGUUUUAGUGUGAUGAACACAAUUAUGCAUGCCAUGCCCUACAGACCCCAAAGGCACAGAUUGAGAAGAUUGCAAACUCUCUUUUCCAAUAAGGGAGAUAGAGCCUCACAGAAAUUCCCUCUCAGACAAGGAAAAUCAGCUGCUGGAGGUGAAAGACAAAAUGCUUCAGACUUGAGGGUUGAAUGAUUGUUACUUUGCAAAGAUAAUGUUUUGCCAAAAGGACUAUGCACCUAAUAGAAAACAGAAGCCUUUCAUGAGAAUAGCUACUCAUUGCAGCCAUCCUAAUGGGGCAGAGAAGGGGACAAAUUUAAAUGUAGUACAGUAUUCUGUUAGAUUAGGAUAAAUGGACAAAUGCAGAUGGCAUUGAUCUGGCACAGGUUGCUUAUCAAAUGUGUAUCUAUUGAGGCAUUCAUCGGAUUAAUCCACUGUCAUUAUACUGUAUUCAUUACAAACAAUAGGAGCUUAAGAAUCAUUUACUAACCUGCAGUGAUAGCAGGAUAAUAUCUAAGAACUUUCGCUACAGCAUAUGCUGUUCAGAGUAUUUGUUAUAAAUUAGAUAUUUUCAUUUAUAGCAUAUUCAGGUCUGAAAAUAUGUUAUCAACCUUUUUUAAGGUGGGAGGUUUUACAUGCUACAAAUAAACUAACUUAACUAUGUAAGUUUUCACCAAUACAUAAUGAGGAGUUUUACAGCAUGGAAAAUAAUGAACUGUGUGAAUAGUUGCAGGCCAUGGGAGCAUCCGCUGGACUAUCUGAGUUUAGGAGCUAUAUUUGGAAUUGGUUGACCCAGAUUCAUAAACAUAUCAUGAGUGAGAUACUUGGUCAUUUAGCACAUCGUCUCCUGAGAAAGGCACUCUGAUUUUCUGUACCUACAGCAUCCCUGACAGUUCAGUGACUAUAAAGCACCUGCUGCACACACUGGGGGAGGAAUGUUUGACUGGUUUGGCAAUGGAUAAUGCUCAGCAAUGAAGAGAGCAGGAUUAACUGUUUUAUUUUACAUUAAAUGAAUUAUUUAAAAAGCAUUAUUUUUUUGCUCAGCUGAUCAAUUCUAAAAUCUUUUUUCUACAGUGAAGUUUGAGUGCCAGCAAACAGGAAAUAUAAUUUUAUUUGGGGAAGUUGUUAUUUGCAUAUGUGUCUUCUAGAGAAAAUAUGCUAUUUGUAACUGUUUUUAAAACUCAUGCUACUGUGUGAUUCUGGGUAGAAUCCAUUUCUGCAAAUAUAUGGUUCUUCAUACAGUUUCCUGAUAGUAACCUAUUGUAGCUGCAUGGAAGAUGAGCUCAAAAUGCAUGCUAUACAGUAUAUCAUAAAACCAAAUGCAGGUAUUAGCACUGUUUAAUAACUAGGCUGGAGAAGUGUUCUUACUUUUCCAGUGAUUAUCAGCCAGUUGAAGAAAAUAGGGCUAUAUCAUUUGUUUACCUCCCGUAAAUCUUCUCAGGGAGAUAGAUGUUUAAAAAAGAUUGUGACCUGAGCCUAUUUGAUGUGACAGUUCGUACCACGCUCGUGAAGUUUCUGAAUGUUAACAAUGAAAAUGGAUCUGCCUGGCUUAUGGUUUUUGUCUUUAUUUGCACUUUAAUUACAUUGUUAGCCCAGCCAAGAGCUUCACAAUAAAUUCCAUUUGUUGUAAGUGUAAACACUAGCAUUUAUAAAUGUACCUUAGUAGGCCAUCUUUGUUAAUAACUGCAUGAGUAAAUAUCAAAGAAAUACUGGUAAAUCCCUCAUUAAAGAAAAGAAACAGGGAAACUUCCAGAAGUAUUUUUAAAUAGUUCUGAUUAAUGAAUGGUGGAGAAGUGAAGAUGGAAAGUGUUAAUUAUAGGUGCUUUUUAUUUUUUCAAAAAGCUGCUUGUUCUUUUCAGUAGUGACUGAUAAGAAGCUGAUUGUAUCCUGAUGCAUGAUAAAUAAGAAGCAUGGGUUAUUUGGACCGUAAAGCCAACUUACUAUGUGCUUUCUGUGUAUUCAUAAUACAAAAAGAAUUGCCAUAAGUCAAUUGCAUAAAAUGCCUAAAGGUCACACAGUGGAAAAUAGGAGCAGUAAAACUGGUCUGAAAAGCAAGUCCCUAGCUGACCUUUAUUUUAUCUCUAUUCACACAAAACAUGUGAACAACUGUAGGUGUCCUAACAGACCUUAGUGGCACAACCUGUUGGCCACUACUUCAUCUGCCUGUAUACCAUUUUGCCAUAUCUGCUUUGUAGGUCUGGGGAGCUCUUGUCAGUCAUGCUCUUGAGGUGCAGGCAAAGGUUCUUCUAGGUGUCCACCUCGUUAUCCUAAUUUUAUCACAUUUUUUUUACACACACUAUGUACAUCUAGACUAAGUUUGUUGCUGUGUUGCUACAGAUAUUGUCAUAAAUUAUAUACCACCAAUAUAUAGUGUUUUGCAGUUUCAGAAUAUUCAACAACUAAUUAAUCCUCACAAAACCAGUUGGAGGACAGGAGAUAAGUGGUGUCUCCUCAUUUUACAGAUGGAGAAACUAAGAUACAGUAGUUAAGGAUGCUGAGCACCCACAGCUCCUCUGGAAAUCAAUAGGUGGUGUGGUUGCUCAGCACCUCUGAAACGUCAGAUCCUAAGUGAUUUGUCCACAGUUAGUAGUACAGCUGGGAUUAGAAUCUCUGAAGUACUUGGAUCCUAGUCCUGUCCUCCCACUACCAGAAAAUGAUGCCGACAUAUAUAAAGCACUGGAAUAAAUUGCCUAGGAAGGUUGUGGAAUCUCCAUCAUUGGAGAUUUUUAAGAGCAGCUUAG